GCUCUUCUAGCUUCCUCUCCUUCUCAUAUUAAGCUCUUCAUUCCUGCAAAAUCCCAUUCAUACUUUUAGGUUUUGCUUGUUCUGUUUACCAUUUAAACCAUCCAGAAGAAACUUAAAGCUUGUACCCCCUUUGUUUUCUCUCUGGAAGCUGAAAAUAAUAUGGCAGAGAAGAACGGAGGAGAACAACUUGACGACCUAGAAACAGGAAACACAGAGGUUGGCUCUUCUUCAAAGAAUGCUGAGAUUACAAAAGAGAGUCCUUCAACAUCAACUGUGCCUCCUCCAACAUCAGUAAAUAAGGACACAAUUCCUCAUGAGAAUUCAAAAGCAAAAGGUGAAAUCAAAGAUGGCACGGGCAAUUGUGCUACUACCACAAAAAGUAAGAUCUGUAGUGGAUUUUUAUUCGUUAUCUUGACUGUACCCUUUCUGCUUGUGUAUGUCCUGAUUAGUUCCGCUUGCUUAAUCGUUCGAGCAAUUGUUGCUCCUAAGAAGUGGACAAUUUGGGUGGUAUUGGAGUGGAUUGCAUUGGCUAGCUUCAACGGGUUUUUGAUUGCUAGUUUAACCAAGCAGAAUCUGAAAAACCAUUUGAUUUGGGAAUUGGAAUUGUGGAAAUGGUGUAUUUUGUUGAUGGUUGUUGUGUGUGGUAAAUUGAUUUCUCAAUGGAUUGUGAAUGCUGUUUUUCUGCCGAUUAGCUUGUUUUUUGCGGACAAUUUAAAGGUUUACUGCUUUGCUUAUGGAUUGAAGCAGAAGAAUCGAGUUUUUGUUUGGUGGGGCUUGGUUCUUAUAGCCUGGCUUGCGUUGGUUGUACGGUUUGGAAAUGGAGGAGGUACGAGAUCGGAGGAAACCAAGAUGAUACUGGAUUAUGUUACCAGAGUUCUCGCUUCCCUUCUUAUUGGAGGUGGUUUAUGGCUGGGGAAAGAUCUUUUACUCUGGUCGAUUGCUGUUUCAUUCCAAAAUAAAAAUUUCUUUGAAAGAAUUCUGAGAGCCAAGUUUUAUAAGUAUGUAAUUGAGACUCUGGUCGAUGGCCGAUCAGUUAGAAUGAAUUACAUUAAAAGAUAUGGCUUUAUCAAUUGGGCAGAGGGAACUCAGGGAAGGACAAAAUCAGCUUUCUCAAUAAAACUGUUUCUUGAUGUCAUGGGGGAUGAUUAUAAGCUCAAACCCAAGUUUAAGCCCAAACCCAACCUUGACAGUGGGAAAAAGGAUCAAGAAAAAAAAAAUUAUGCAGACACUUACGCAGCUCUCAUUUGGGACAACCUCCUCGCACAUAAAAGCUCGAACCUAACAAAUGAAAGCGACAGAGAGGGAAAAAGCGGAACGGCUGGGCCUUCUCAGAGUUCGGAUCGGUCCGGGUCUGAGGAGGGCAAAACUUUUCCAAGGGAAGUCUUCUCAGAAUUAAUCCCAGAUGAUGAAAGUUUGAAACAGAUGUUUUAUUUAUUAUUGAAGGGUCAUAAAAAUUCUGACCCCAAUAAAAAUAAAGUUGUUGCGAUGUUGUUUCAAUUUGCUAGCAAAGAAAUGCCACGACCCCAUGUAGGAAGGGGAGAACUCAGAAGUUGGAUGGAAAGUGUUUAUAAAGAAUGCAAUUCGCUAAAAUCUUCUUUAAAAAGUACCAGGAGAGGAAUGGAAGAGUUGAACAAGCUUGCUAAAGGGAUAGUCAUUAUUCUGAUCGUCAUUGUGUGGUUACUUAUGAUGAAAGUUGUAUCGACCCAGGCAGUUGUCUUGAUUUUAUCCCAAUUUUUCGUUCUGACAUUUGUGUUUGGCGACACUUGCAAGAGAAUAUUUGAAGGCAUCAUGUUUGUGUUUGUUAUACAUCCGUUUGAAAUUGGUGAUCGUUGUCUCAUAGAAGGUCGAGAAGAGGAGGUGUUUGUGAAAAAGAUCAAUAUUCAAACAACGGUCUUCUCGCGGGUUGAACCUACGCCUAAUGAUAAUAAAGAUGAUGGUGAUGAUCAUGAUAAGAACGAGCAAAUUGUGUAUCCAAAUUCAGUUUUAGCUGCCAAACACAUUUGUAAGUUUCGAUCGCACGAUUCCAACCCUCCUCCAGCCCUUCCUUCAACCCCUCCCAAAUUUGAUAUGACUGAUUCUGUGGAAUUUGUUGUUGAUGCUUCUACAUCCAGAAAGCAGAUUGAAGCCCUGGAUUCCAGAUUAAGAGGGGAAAUUGCGGAAGAAGUCCCUUCUGCAAAAAUCAGCGUACAUGCUAAUGGCUUUGAAGAUGGAGACAAGAUCAAAAUGGGUGUCUAUAUUACUUACAUAAAACUUUGGGAAGAUAACAAGCAAAAAAGCGAGUGGAAGUCUAAAAUAGUGUUGGGGCUGAAGCAAAUUCUUGAAGACAUGGGUAUUUCUAAAUAUCACAAGAAGAUUAAUGCUGAAUCUGCCGCUGCAGCAAUUUCACCUGCUGUUGUCUGAUGGUAGUAAGAGUUCCUUUUUCCAAUUUCUACGUGCAAUAGGGGAAUGUAAGUAGGUAGCUCGAUCUAUCAAUGUUGUCCUCAUUAUCUUUUAUAUGUAUGUUAUCGCUUUGAAACUGCGCAUGUUGCUGCUUGCAUUCUUGGCUCAGCCAGGAAAAAGAAUAAAGAGACGAUUUCAUU